AUGUGGCGGGGCGCGGCCGCGGGGCUGCUGUGCCUGGCCGCCGCCUGGCUCCUGGGCCGCGGGUUCGAGCCCCGCGCCCGCCUUCUCUGCGCCGCGGAGCUGCGCCGCUACCGGGGGGCGCCGGGCGAGCCCGGGCUGUACCUCGCCCUGCUGGGACGGGUCUUCGAUGUGGAGCGGGGCCGCAAGCACUAUGGGCCCGGCGGCGCCUACAGCGGGCUCGCAGGCAGAGAUGCCACCAGAGCGUUUGCCAGCGGCGACUUCACCCCGGCAGGGCUGGUGGACAACGUGUCAGGGCUGUCACCCCCGGAGCUGCUCUCCAUCCACCGCUGGUUGAGCUUCUACAGGGACAACUACAAGCCCGUGGGGAAGCUGGUGGGCAGAUUCUACGAUGAAAUUGGGGCACCGACAGAAGCCCUGAGGGAGGUUGAGGCUGCCAUUGAGGAAGCUCUCAAAUUCCAAGCAGAAAGUGAGCAGAGGAAGCAGCAGUUCCCACCCUGCAACUCUGAAUGGAGCUCUGCUAAAGGCACCCGGUUCUGGUGCUCCAGGCAUAGUGGGGGCGUGCACAGAGAGUGGGCCGGAGUCCCUCGGAAGCUGUUCAGCCCUGGCUGGCAGGGGAGCCGCUGUGUGUGUGUGAGGAGCUCGGGCCCGCCCUGGGGCCAGCCCCACUCCCAGCACAGCGACAGAGGGGACCUGGAUAAUCCUCACCUGCAGCAGUACGAGGGCUGCCCUCCCCUGGCCGAGCAGUGUGUCCUCCUCACGGGCUGACUGCAGGUGCUGCAUUCCGGGACACGAAGAGUCCUGCAGUCAAACCUUGCGCUUUGGGUGGGCAGCUCCAGCUUCAUCCCUUCCACCUGUCCAUGCAAAAGGAGCAAUAACAAUCUCAUGUUAUUUGUGAUGUUUUUUAACAUAUGGAGAUGGAGUUGAGAGAAGCAGGAAACAUUUCAGCCAGGUCAGUGGCUAAAAAAUCAAGUAACGGGAUGCUUUCUUUAUUUCUAUGGGAAAUAUUUUUGCACCUGGGAACAAACUGU